AUGACCAAGAUCCGCCGACGAUUCCUGCUCUGGAAGGAUGAGGACGUCAUCCCAAGACAUCUCCAAUCGAAGUCGCACAUUACCAAGGUCAUGUUCCUCUGUGCUGUGGCGCGACCGCGAAACGGCUGGGACGGUCGGCUCGGCUGCUGGGAGAUCGUUGAGCGCGCGGCAGCUGUGCGAUCAAGUCACAACAGACCUGCCGGAACAGAGGUGGUGAAGAGUGUGGUCGUCACGAAAGACGUUUACCGUCGUAUCCUCGUCGACAAAGUUGUCCCCGCGAUCAAGUCCAAGUGGAAGUGGCCUGUUGGCGUUGACGGUGGGGCCAUUGUACUGCAGCAAGACAACGCGCGGCCUCACAUCGCCCCGGACGAUGCCGAGUUUGUCACGGCCAGCGAAGACGGUGGUUGGACGAUCCGCAUCGAAAACCAGCCAGCUCAAUCGCCGGAUAUGAACGUCCUGGAUUUGGGUUUCUUUAACUCUAUUCAAUCCCUGCAGCAGACGCUGGAAUGCCGCAGCAUGGAAGAACUCAUUGCUUCCGUGAAGUGCUCUUUUCUUAUGCUGUCCCCCUCGAAGCUGGAGAAGACGUUUAUGACCCUCAGGCGAAUCAUGCUUGUCGUCAUCGAGGCCAACGGUUGCAAUCGCUACAAGAUACCCAGAAGUGCAUUGACACCAGAGGACGAAAUGGCUUUAUCAUUGAUGAAUUUGCGACUCGAGGAAGAGGAUAGAUUAGAAGAGGUAGCAAACCUGUUGACCACAUUGAACAUUGAUGAGCAGUAA